AGAGCAAAGCAAGACGUUCCUUCGCGAGAAAUAUUAUUGCAGAAAUAUACAUCAUGGCUGGGUCGGAAGAUACUGCGUUGAAUCCUUCCCGUAUCCUCGAAGUCGUGCUCGCAUCGCUCCGGGGUGAUGGACAAACAGAGGCCUCAAUCGGGAAUGCCUAUGAAGCAAUAGCAGUUAUUGGCCAUGCAUCUAUGAUUGCUACACAGUUUCGUCUCGUUGGAUUAGGCGAAGAACAUAAUAUUGAAAAUAAUACAGACGCCACAAUCCUGCCCAAGGACUGGAACGCUCAUGCCAAUACUUACUCCUUCCGUCGACUUGGCAAUAAUGCAGUUAUUAUGGGGCUGGCUGGGGAAGAUAAGGCAACGUCAUUCGAUGUUCUUGUGUCCGAGUUCAUUUCGUCAACUGCCUUACCUUUCCAGAUACAUCCAGAUCAGCCAGAUAGCCUAAGGUCACUUUUUGUGUCACCUAAUCGCCUUGACGAUCUGAUUAAUCUCUUCAAAAUCCAUGUUAUCCAGAAAUUUGCCAUAUCGAGUUUACCACAACAGGCCGGUGAUGAAGCUCGUGAUCAACAACGACAACAACAACAACCGGAAGGCCCUCCUCAGCAUGAUCCGUUACGAGAGGACAUUGGCCCUCCGCCUGCUCGUCCAUAUCCAUUUGAUGAUCCGUUAGCUGCAGCACCUCGUCAACAGGUACCCGCUGGGGACUUUGCUCCGCCUGGUUUCGAAGACGAGUACGAGUUGAACAGACAAUCGCAAGGCCGCACGAUGCCUUACGGAGGAGGGAACUUUCCGCGCAGUGGUGACAGAGAUCUCUAUCCUCAAGGCUUAGGUCCUCGUGAUCCGCUCAGAGGAACCUUUGGACCUGACCUAAGAGGCGGUGGUGGAAUGCAUCCGACACCUGAUGAUCCGAUGUUUGGAGGAUUCGGAGGACAGCAAGGCGGUUACGACCCGCGAGCACCGCCAGGAUCUCGAUAUGACCCUGUAGGACCAUGGGAUGCUCCGCCAUACGGUCGAGGCUCUGGUCCUGGAGGUCGUGGGUUUGGGUCGGGGGGUUUCGGUGGAGGGUUUGGUGGUGGUGAUAUCAUUUGACGAUGGAAUCGAUGGGCUAGGACGGGUUAGCUAGAUAUUCGACUGAAAUGUCUAUUUUCUUCACGAUAAUGUAUUAUUGAAUAAUGAAUGCAAGAUUUGCCG